AUGAGCUCAAAAGUAAAGUCAAAGGGCAGAAAGCGCUCUCCAUCGCCCUCAGUCUCAUCCGAAGCUUCGUCCUCCUCCAGCUCGUCUUCAGAGGCUUCGUCCAGCCGAUUCCCGAUGCAGGUUACCAACAUGGAAGACACAUCAUCCACCGACUCCCGUAGCGACGAGGCCGGCGAAGAGGAAGAAGUCAGUGACGAGAUCGACAGCAUCUCCUCUUCUUCUCCUCCACAACCACAAAUCGACCUAACCAAAGCAAAGACAAAACUUCAUCACGUAGCCAAAACCCUCCGUGCCACCGCCAAAAAGACUAAAACCUUUGAAGUGCAGAAACAGGUCAAAAAACUCAAAGGCCUCCAAAAGAAACCUUCUCUCGCCGAACAAGCCACACUUGCCGAACAGGAGCUGGACGCCCUCAAAUGUAUCGAUAUCACCCUGUUAGCGGGUCGUGCGUUGGUGACUAAGAUGGUCAAAGCGAAAAUUUUGCCUCGCCCAGCAGAGCUCCAAGGGGGUGUGGAGGAGGGGGAAUUUGUGUAUUUGGAGAUGGUGAAAGAGGAGGAACUGCUGGGGGAGGCAGUACUGAGUGAUCCGGUGGUGACAGAUGGCGAUAGGGCGUUAGAGAGGGCGAAGGCGAAGAUUACGAGUAGUAAAGUGUUGGCGGAUGAAGUUGGGAGGUUUGUGGACAAGUUGAGAAGGUUGGUUGGGCUUGAGGCUAUAGGUGGAAGGAAGGAGGAGCUUGAGAUGAAGGAGGAGGAGAAGGAGGAGGAGGAGAGAAAAUGGUCUGGUUCGGAAGAGGAGGAGGAGAGAAAAUGGUCUGGUUCGGAAGAGGAGGAGGAUGAUUCUGAUGAUGAGACUCGCCGUCGCCUACCACUUGUCGAAGGCUAUGAUGAGGAAGAGAAGGAAGAUGUAGGUGAAGAAGAACUGAUGAGAAUUGGAAAGGAAAAGAUGAAAGCAUUGGGCGACCUUUCUCAGUGGGAUGAUAUGAUCGGAUCCGACUCUGCUGCCGAGUCCGGUUUCGAAUCUGACAAUGAGGAAGGGCCAACACAGCGUCGCACGAGCAAGUCCAAGCAUCAGUCUGAAGACUCUGAUGCAUCCGAAUCAGAAGACGACUCCAGCUCCGAUUCAGAGGACGACUCAGACUCAGAUUCGGACGCUUCAUCCGCAUCCUCCUCCUCUUCCAUCAGCGACCGACCGCGAAAACGCAAAUCCAAAACUUCAACCUCAGACCGUUCCUCCAAGAAAUCCAAGUCCUCCUCCGCAAAUUCCACCUUGCUCCCCUCCCUCUCCACCGGCUUCCUCGCCGGCCGCAGCGACGACGAAUGGUCCGACGCCGAAGCCGAUCUCGCCGAUCGCGAUCUAUCCGAACUCAAAUCCGGUAGCAAAAAAGAACGCAGAAAUCGCAUGGGUCAACGAGCACGCAAAGCUCUCUACGAAAAGAAAUACGGCAAGAACGCAAACCAUAUCAAGAUGCGCGAAAAGCAGAAAGCUGUCAAACGUGAACGCAGUUCAACUCGUGCAUCGGGGGUCAGGGGAGGAGGUGGGGAUGGGAAUGGAAGACAAAGACCACCUGCAUUCCAGGCGCCGGCGAAGAGAGACGGUGGAUGGGGUGGACCUGUUGCUCCGCUUCCUAAGCAGGCGAAACGACCUUUCGUGCCCAGAGCCGAACCAAUUUCCGCGCCACCGGCAUCAGCAGGGGCGACACAGAGUGGAGUGAAAGUGAACCGUGGCGCAAAGGCAGGAGGGGAGAACAAGACGCAGGAAAUGCAUCCUUCUUGGAUCGCAAAGCAGAAACAGAAGGAACUUAUGACCCAAGUCAAGCCACAGGGAAAGAAGGUCGUUUUCGACUAG